AUGGCGUUGCCAGUAAACAAGUUGUCAACAAGAUUAGUUGAUCAACCUGAAUAUCAAAGUACUGAAACCAAGAAAAUAUAUGUUGUUCUUGUUUCAACUGGAAGCUUUAAUCCUCCUACAUAUAUGCACAUGCGAUGUUUUGAGUUGGCAAGAGAUGCAUUAAAUUCAGAAGGAUUUUGUGUAAUUGCGGGUUAUAUGUCUCCCGUGAAUGAUGCAUACAAGAAAAAGGAUCUAAUAUCUGCUGAACAUCGUAUUGCAAUGUGUAAUAUGGCCUGUGAAAGUUCUGAAUUUGUCAUGGUGGAUCCUUGGGAGGCAAAUCAAAGCACUUAUCAGAGAACAUUGACAGUUUUGUCAAGAAUUAGGACUUCAGUAUAUGAAACUGGCCUGAUACCCACUGGGAGCCUCAAGGUCAUGCUUGUGUGUGGUUCUGACUUGCUAGAAUCAUUUGGCAUCCCUGGGUUUUGGAUUCGUGAUCAGGUUAGGACAAUAUGCAGAGAGUUCGGACUGGUUUGCAUUCGGAGAGACGGUCAAGAUGUUGGGAAGAUUAUCAGCAAUGACGACAUUCUGAGCGAUUACCAUGAAAACAUCAAAGUAGUUGAUGAAAUAGUCCCGAAUGGGGUCAGCUCAACUCGAUUGAGGGAUUGCAUUUCAAGAGGGUUGUCAGUGAAGUAUUUAACUGCAGAUGAAGUAAUUGAUUACAUUAAUCAGCAUCAUCUUUACAAGAAGCAGAAUAACGAUGCCUCCACAGGUGGUGUUUCGUGA